GAGAAGGAUAUCCAAAUACUAAUGACAGUACUGCCUGCUGGAUAGUAAUUUCUACUUUAUUCCUUGGAGCAGUUGAUUUGAGCCCUAGUAGUAGGUAGCUAUUCUUUAAGGUUGUCAUCGUGUUCUUUCCCUCUCGGGCUUCCUCUCAAGGUUUUAGACCGCGUCUAAUAGGGAGAGUUUUCCAUACUUUUAUAAGAAAUGCUUCGUUCUCCUUUCCAACCGAUAUGGAAUCUCACAUUAUCUGGAGAAUUUAUAUGAGAUUAUGGACGCUGCUGAGAUUGAGACAUGGAAUCUUAUCUUUCCGAAAAAGAAGAAAAAGGAAGUAAAAGGACGAAGGAAAGGCUUUAAUAGAUAGUAAUGAUUAAAAAGUGAUGGUCUAGAAAGCAUGAACCACAAAGCCUUUUUAUUCUCUCCCUUUUUAUGUUUGGUUGGGAUUGAAAAGAAGUAGAAUAAUAGAUAGGGUGUGGAAGCUCAAGCUGUGAAGAGCUGAUAACAACAGGAUGUAUAAAGGAUAAGUCAUUAGAAGAAACACACAAACUCAAGACAGCCUCAUAGAAACAUUAUGCGUUGAUUCAGGGACUCCCCCAAAACCCCAAUUCUCUUCAAAUUUCCCACACAAAGAUGGAAACUUGGAGGCAAAAGCAUCAUUUUUUGUCCCACUUCCUGUCUCAACAGUCAAAAACAAGAAACGCCCACCAUUCUCACCACCACAAACAUCCAAAAUCUGAUAUUUCCACUGUUCAUUUCACGUCUCUUUCAGCCUGUAAUAAGCUUUAGCAUCUCCAGAUACCAUUAUUUCCAAUACGACGACCAAGGAAGAACAGGAACUGGGUCACUAAUGGCAGCCAAGUUUCAGUCUCUGAGUCUGCCAUUGCUACCGUUUGUGAAGGUAGAUAGUCUCCCUGAAUUCUCCCAUGGCAACAUGAAUGAAGAGUCUGGGAAGGUAGUAAUGCCCAAAUGAUGGUUUUCUUUUCUUCUCAAUUUGAAAAUGUAUUGGAAAGCUCACACUCUGUUAGAGAGACAAAGAAAAAUAUGAUUAUAAUUUAAAAUCAGACACACACAUUUUGAAAACAAUAAUUAAUUUAAUGCAUAGGUAGUUGUUGGUUCUGGUCUUCCAUGAUUUGCAUUAUUUUAUAACCCUUUUGUCUCUGCUUGCUUUUUCGUCCAUUAUUUAAUAAGAUUUAGAAUCUGUUUCGAUAUUCUACAUUUUAUUUUACCAAUUGCAUUUGUCCUCACAAGACGUGCUUGCCUUUCAUUAAUCACCUAACACUAAGAUAGCGAUCAUGAAUGAUAUCAAAUAUCAUUUGAAACGUUGAUGGAUCAAUAUUCCAAUUUAAAAAUGGUUAUAGUGUUCAAAUCUCGAAUAUUAAUUAUUUUUUUUUCAAAAAGAACCAAAAAAAAAAAGAAGGGAAAAUUGGUAUUUUGAUGUAAAAUUGAAGGGAAAGAAAUAGUAAGAACAAUAAUAAUAAAGGAAAGAAGGAUGAUGAUGGAGUAAAAGAGAGGAGAAGAGCAUCGAUGCGUCCACGUGUCAAGAAGUCAAUGAGUACAAAGUCCAAAGAUCAUCUCCUCAACAGGAUUCCGAUCUCCUCUUUCCCGUUUGCUUUCCCCAACCAAUUUCCCAUAAAAACUAAUUCCAAAUCCUUCUUUCUCUUUCUCUCUCUACUGUUCUUCAUCCUCUGCUUCCCCUCCCACUCUGUUUCUGUUUCUGAUUCUGUUUCUGUUUCACAGCAAUUCAUGGAGCUUUUCCUCUUAAUUCCCUUCAAUUCCCUCUCCACCUCCCUUUGACUUUCCGUCCGUAUCUCAUGGCCCCGCUCCCUCAUUGCCCGCUUCUCCUCGCUUUCUCCUUCUUCUUCUUCUUCCUCUCCUUCUUCCAUCCCGUCUACGCUAGCCCCGGCGACUCUGAUCCCAUUUACAAGGAUUGUGUGGUGCAGUGUGAGAAAUCUGGGUGUGCUGGCGACAAAUGUUUUCAACAUUGCAAAUUCUCGUCGGAUGGGAAGCCUGUGGAUGGUCCAUGGUAUCUGCAGGAACCUUUGUAUUUACGCUGGAAACAGUGGGACUGCCAGACCGAUUGUAGGUACCACUGCAUGCUUGCUAGGGAGGAAGAAAGAAGUAAUGUUGGUGAUAAGCCUGUCAAAUACCAUGGAAAAUGGCCAUUUAGGCGAGUCUAUGGCAUUCAGGAGCCAGUUGCAGUUGCUCUUGCUAGCCUCAAUCUUGCCGUGCAAUUUCAUGGCUGGAUUUCUUUUUUCAUUCUUAUAUAUUACAAGCUUCCAUUGAAGCCUAAUAAGAAGACCUACUAUGAGUAUACAGGGUUGUGGCAUAUCUAUGGAAUCUUAGCUAUGAAUUCUUGCUUCUGGAAUGCUGCAUUUCACUCUAGAGAUGUGGAGUUGACUGAGAAGCUGGAUUGUUCUUCAGCUGCGGCAUUUAUUGGAUUCUCCCUAAUUGUAGCAAUACUGCGAGCCCUUAAUGUGAGGGUUGAGGCUGCUAGAGUUAUGGUCUCUGCUCCAAUUAUCUCAUUCGUGACAACCCACAUCUUAUAUCUCAACUUCUACAAACUUGAUUAUGGUCUGAAUACUAAGGUCUGCCUGGUGAUGAGCAUUACUCAACUUCUCAUUUGGGCGGUUUGGGCUGUUCUUUCUCGCCAUCCCUCGCAAUGCAAGUUGUGGAUGUUAGUCUUUGGUGGGGCGGUUGCGAUGCUCUUGGAGGCCUUCGAUUUCCCUCCAUAUGCAGGAUAUGUGGAUGCUCACGCACUCUGGCAUGCAACUUCAAUUCCUCUUUCAUAUAUUUGGUGGAGUUUUGUGAGGGACGAUGCUGAAUUUAGAACUGCUGCACUUCUCAAGAAAGCGGAGUAAUCAGAUGGAGGAAUUUCUCUAAGCAAUUUCAUUUGAAUGUUAGUUCAUCAACACUAUGGUAGGUUCCCUUGUUUUUUCUGGUGUUGCUUGGUGAGUAGCGCAAUGUUACCCUGAAAUGUUCUUUGUAUAAGGGUAUUUGAAUAUCAGGACCAAUAAGUUUUCUUUUCUUCUCGCCCUGUUUUUUACUUCUUGGUCCUGAGAAAUUUGUUGGUCAUCAGAAAAAGCCCCACAGCACCAGGCCAGUUAUUCCCAUUGUAAACAUCCAAAUAUUUUGCUGAUAUCAGCAGUUUAUGUUAUUCUGCAGUUCACAUGUGGCUGCUUGCUGUUUGUUUCA